AUGCCACAGAGACGAAAAAAACGUGGGGUGGGUGGUUCUACUUCUAUUCCUAAGAAAAAUACCAAGCCUCUUGUCAAAGCAAGUUCUUCGGACGAAGAAGAUCUCCUCGACGACGAGUCGAUCCGAGAAGAUAACCCUAACGUGGCACCCCGUGAGGACCCUAAACCCCCUGAAGACCCCAGUGAGGAAGGUCCCACCACAGCAAAGAGGGAGAAAAAACAGAGAAAGGAUUGCAAGAUCCAGGACAGGGAGGUUGAGGAUAGUCUCGUCGAGUUUUUCCGCGAAAACGAACUUUUAUGGAACUCGCAGAAGACUGAGUACAGGAACAAGGCCAAAAGGCAAAGAGUGCUCAAGGCCAAGGCCACAGAACUAGGGAUCGACGUGGACCAUCUGUGGACCUGGUUCAAGUCCCUCAGGGACAUGUUCACAAGGUUGGACAAGAAAAAGAGUGGGGAUGGCCAACAACAAUUGACGGAGAGGGAGACAUGGAUAAAAGCCAAAUUUGGCUUCUUCCAUCCAGCUGUCAACCAUCGCUCGAAACCCGCCAGGAGUACUGACCCAUCCAUUAACACUAAAUUCAAGCAUUAA